AUGAACUGGCCCGGGGAUGCCCAAAAGCACCCCGAGCCGGGGGGCGUAGAUGCGGCUCCAGCACAUACCAACUCAGCCCCUGCCUGGGGAACUACGGCGGCAACGGGUCCCGCGGGCUGCCCCGGGGUCGCCGGAGCCCAGGCGGGAGGCGGCCGAGCCCGGAGCCCAGCAGUCCGCGGCCCCUUCCUCCCCACUCCGCCCCUCCCGAGGCCGCGCGCCCGCGCCCACCGCCCGCCGCCGACGCAGCCCCGACGUCCCCGGACGCCCCCGCCCGCUGCCGCGCGGCGCUCCCCACCCCGCCGUCCAGCCCUGCCCCUCCCCGGCGUCCCCGGCGGCCGCGGGGGUCUCCCCGGGCGCCGCCCCGAGCCCCCGGGGCCCCGGUCGGUCCGAGGCGGCGGUGGCGGCGCGUCCCUUACCGCGCAGCGGCUCCGGGCGGCUCCAGGGCCCCGCGGCGCGCCGGGCAUUUUUUUCUGGGAAACUUCUCCCGGGUCUGCAGGGCUGAGCCUGCCGGGCAGGAAAAGCGCUCAGCGCCGGGAGGCUGCGACCAUCCGGGAACUUCGCGGAGAUGUAAACCCUCCCCCUCGGCUCCCCGUCCCCCCCACCCACCCCGCCCCUGCGGCCCCGCCACAUGUGGAUGCGCCGCGAGGCCGCCGCCGGCCCUUCGCCCUCUCCUCCGGGCGCCGCGCCCGCCCCGCCUGCCCGCCUGCGAGGCUCUGCGCCCCGCCGCCUCGGGUCCCCCAGAGCCGCGUGGCGAGAGUGCAGAGCGGGGAGGCCGGGGCUCGUGGGUUCCUCCGUGCCCGCCCCUGCGCGGUGAAGCACGCGGCCGUGGGGUCCGGGACGAGCGUCUGCAGACGAGCGGGAUCUGGACGGCUCGGACCAGCUCUGAAAGCCCCAGGACCUAAAGAAAAGUUAACACUCACCAGGACAACACAGAUACUAGAACGUGUGCGUUUGAAAACGACAACAAGGUAUGAUCAGGGCAAUCACCACUUAAUCAUAUGCUGGAAUUCCAAGGCUGUCUAUCCCUUUGAAUAAAAGCAGAAAGGGUGGGAAUGUGGGCGCUGGAGUAUUGAUGUUCUAGGCUGAGGAGAUUGUUCACCCAUGACUUGAAGCCGUCUCUGCCUAUACCAUUCCCUUGUGCACAUUUGUAUCCUGAGGUACAGGGACAACAGCACUUCUGGAAAAAGGUUAAGUGUGAUGUAAACCCUUCCUCUUGACAAACUUUGUUCCUAAAUGUACCCAUCUUUUUAAGGUUUGUUAUAUAGUUGCUCUUCUUUUUAAGCCAUUUCUAUGGUAGUACGUCCAUGUUAUGUUUUAUAUAAAAAAAAGGACAAGUGAUUUCAUAUAGCAACAUAUUAUUCCAGACUUGAGAACAUUUCACUAGCACUCACCAGAGUUUGGUGCGGAAGUUAAGGUGAGGAGCUGCCUGGUCUCCUUGCUGGUUGGGUCUCUGAGCCUUAUUUUUUGCUUCAGUCAGGCAGACAUAACAGCAGAUCUUAUCUUCUAGGAUUGUUGUAAAGAUUAAAUGUGAUAAUCCCUCUGAAGAUGUGGGGCGUAGUGUCACGCAGGCAGAACAGGGUCGGAUCUUUGAUUCCCCAAAGUUCAGUAGAGUUCCUUGGACCUUCUAAGGAAUCAAAUACUUGCUGGAAAAGAACUCUCGAGUUUAUGUCUUUGAAAAAUCCACAUAAGUUUUAGCAUUCAUAUACACAAGAGGAAAUUAGAAAGGUAAUAUACAUGCCCCCUCCCAUCAUUUCAUCAUUGGAAGCCCUAAAUAAAUGGAAAGCUGACUUGUCCACUGUUUUAAAUCAGGCAUGAGAUCAGUGAUCAGUCCUACAGAAUGCCUCUGGCUCUCUCUCCUCAGACCCCAACACUUCUCUCAAUAAAGUCAAAACCUGGAUAAUAUUUUAUUAAUGGUAGUUUUCUAGUUUCAGUAAGUGGGCUGCCGUUAUAUAAAAUGGUAACAUUUGGGGAAGAUGAGUAAAGAGUAUCUGGAAACAUUUUUUACUGUUUUUGCAACUUAAUU